AGGGAAGGACUUCAGUUCCCAGCAGGCCGUUCGGCUGCACACAUGUUAGUGAUGGUUGUGUGAGCAGCAGCAGCAGCAUCAUGUCGGUGUUUAUGGAUUUGAAUCUGAGCUACAGCAGCGAUAAGAGCCGCCUGCACAGUCUGAUAGAGAGCGCCGCUCACCUCGGGUUCUCCACAGUCGCCAUCAACUACGUGUUCGAACCCACGGCUAAAAAGAAACAGGAGAUUCCCGCCCCGACGCCGAUCAAUGAGCUGAUUGAUCAGCUGCCAAUUGUACAGGGUCGGUCUCGUCCAAUCAGAGUGCUGAACAGACUGACCGUAGUGAUGUCAGACUCCAGUCACUUUAGGCCCAGCUCUCCAGAGUAUCGCUGCUUCGACCUGCUUGCGAUCCAACCGACCACAGAGAAACUCUUCCACGCAGCCUGUAUGAUGUAUGACGUUGACAUCAUCUGUAUCUCAGUGACAGAGAAACUUCCUUUCUUCUUCAAGAGAGCGCCGGUCAACGGGGCAGUGGACAGGGGUCUGGUGUUCGAGGUGUCGUACUCCGCCUCCAUCAGAGACGCCACCAUGAGGCGUUACACCAUCGCUAACGCAGUGUCUCUGAUGGACAGCUGUAAAGGGAAGAAUGUGAUCCUGUCCAGUGCCGCAGAGAAGCCUCUGGAGCUCAGAGGUCCCUAUGACAUCACCAACCUGUAUCCUUCUUCUUCUGCUGUUUCUGCUGCAGUAGUUUACUCGUGUAGUGGUGUGAUGUUGUUGCGCCAUAUUAUGAACAAGGCAGUGAAGCGCAGACUUUUAUUUUGAAGGGUAGCGUUUUUGCUGCCAUGUUUUUCUUUAUUCCUUUGAGUGUUGUGGUUAUAGUAUGAUGUAAUUGUGUAAUUGUAAAUGUUAAUGUUUUGAGCACAUAUGUCAGGGACCAUGUCGGAUUAUUACCGGAAGUAUUUUAUUUUCUAAACCUGCAUUUACCGCGUUGUGUCAGGUUUUACUUCCUCUUUCGUGACUUUUCUCAGAAAGUUACGCAGUUUUGCUGCUCUCCGUAGUUUCAUUGUUUUUUGUUGUAAAAGUGAAUGUAAGUUACUUAAAUACUUGUAGUCGCAGUGUUAACUUGUAGAACUGUUGUGUUAUUUCCUUUCAUACAUAAACUUGCUAAUUAGAGGAGAAGUUGUCGCGGCCUGCGUGUGCUGCAGUAAAGAAAUCCAGGAUAAUUGAGCAAGCGCGGCUUGACCUAGCCUAUUCGCUGCAUCCUGGCUUAAUGGUUGCACGUUUGCCGAGCCAGGAUGAAAAGGUGCGGCUAUGUUAAGCCAGGUGUAGAUAGUCGGGAUAAGUGCGUGUUCACGGCAUACUGAAAUAGACCUCGCGAUCGCUCACAGAAUCACCGAUGGGAACAUGGAUAAGAGUCGCUGAACAACAGCUCCUGAUGGAGUUCUAUGAAGAGGUGGAAGAUAGAAGAAACAAAGGCAAUACCAAUGCCAUAAUUAAAGAAAGAGAGAAAGCCUGGCAGACAAUAGCGGACCGGCUUAAUGCUUAAGUAGUCCAAAACUGUACAAUGAAUAAACAGUGCUCCACUGGAACUGUCAUCAUUAGGCUCCAAUUAAAGGACUAAAGGAGUUACUUUAAGUCCACUAAUCAACUGUUGUACACUUUGCUUUAAAUGUGGCAAGUAGAGGUUCAUGUUACUUAAAUGUAGAGUAUGAUUAAGUGCAAACAAUUAUCCACAAUGUGUGUCAUUUAAUCUGUUUUUAUCUAUUUUAUCUUUCUAUCCUUCAUAAAGAACAAACUUGUCUGGCCAUAAAAGGACCUGGCAGCAAGUUAAAGUUAAAUACAAGAACAUUUUGCAGGCUGGUCAGUGACUCUAAAGUAGAUAACAGUGAAUAAAUGAGGUGAAUAGAUUAGGUAUCUGCUGACUUGUUGAAUGUCUGUAUGAUUGUAGCAGUUAAAAAAAGCCCAUAGAACUGGCACAGGGGGCGGCCCACCAAGCCAGGAUAUGUGCUGCAAAUGGUUCCUUUAUUGAGGUUCUCUGCAUCCCCAACAGAAUAAAGGAAGCUCCCACUUGCAAAACAUCUCACUGUUACACAGACCAUCUGUGGUACAUUGAGAGCAUGGCUUCCUGCCGUCUGGUGCUGUAUUUUUGGACCCAGCAGCCUACAUAAAUAUCUUAGUCCAUCACCUGAGAAUCUGUAUCUCUCAAUGAGAUAGUUCUCUCCAACGGCCAAUGGGUCUGACCUGUCCCAGAAGACUCUUUCAUGACUAAAUGCUCGUCUGAGGAUUAGGGCUUCCUCAUCCAGUACAUCCUCCAAAAAAGAGCAAGCCAUUAUGAAGAGGGAACAGGAGUGAAUAAUAUAUAUAUAUAUAUAUAUAUAUAUGUAUAUAUAUAUAUUAUGGCAUGCCGUUUAGGAAAUGAAGCUUUGAAUAUAUGGAAUGAAUCUUGAAUAUACUGAUAGAAAUGUGAUAAUACUGAAUGAAAUUCAAAACCUAGUUGUAUCCUUUUCAUCAAAGUGAUAGCCUUCUGAAUUAGCUGGUUUUACAAAAUGGCAUCAGUUGAAAUAUUACAAUACUUUCUUAAACUGGAAAACUUCUUUGCUUUUUCUGUCAGGAUUUAGCCUGAGGCCUGUUGUAGUCGGCCUGCCACCAUUAAAAAGGAAGUGAACUUCUUCGUCAGGAGAACGGUAUUGGGCACAGGUACUAUGGGAAGGAUUUUGGCCCGUACAAGCACUUACCAAUGAGUUAAUAAUGUCCUCAUUGAUCAGUAUUGCUGCCACAAGGUUCCUGACUGACUCAUUCUCCCUUCUACAAGAUGGCAGCAGUGCCUUGAUGACCAGUCAAGAUUCAUUCUAUAUAUUCAAAGAUUAAUUUCCUAAACGGUAUGCCAUAAUAUAUAUACUAUAUUGCCCUUGUCACAGAUUUCAUUGAAAACACCUUUGCAACUUCAUCAGCUGUGUUUUGUAAUCUCAAUUACUGCAAUAAACACAUAUUUAUGCAGUUUGACAAGCAGUCUUCAUUAGCAUAGCAAUAUAACACUUGUCCUGAGUAAUAAAACUACCACUUGAAUCAAUAUAAAAAGACUGUUGCAAUUACAAACAGCCAACAGAUUUAAAUAAAUGAGAAAUGACAAUAUAUGUAAUAUUUUAAUGCAGGAUAAUUAAAAUGAUGCAACAUACUUAGAAAGACCAUGGACAUGCUGUAAAACACAUUAAUUCCUCACAGGACUGACGAUGGAAAUACAGGUGAAUCACUAGGAUUAAUGUUAGCCUGGCUGUUAGCCUGGUCUGGAGCAGGCUAGCUGCAGAGAAUAAAUCACCAUAGUAACCUGGCCGGGAUAAGUUUAACCUGCUUUCAUGCAACCGACUUGAGGCUAAAUUCAUCCAGGAUAACCAACAUAUCCCGACUUAAUCCCUUAUCCUGGUUUUGUGCAAUACCCCUCAGAGGGUUGUUGUCGUCAUUGUUGUCCUGACGCUGUUCCUCAGAGGGUUGUUGUUGUCCUGACGCUGUUCCUCAGAGGGUUGUUGUUGUUGUCCUGACGCUGUUCCUCAGAGGGUUGUUGUCGUCCUGACGCUGUUCCUCAGAGGGUUGUUGUUGUCGUCCUGACGCUGUUCCUCAGAGGGUUGUUGUCGUUGUUGUUGUUGUCCUGACGCUGUUCCUCAGAGGGUUGUUGUCGUUGUUGUUGUUGUCCUGACGCUGUUCCUCAGAGGGUUGUUGUCGUUGUUGUUGUUGUCCUGACGCUGUUCCUCAGAGGGUUGUUGUCGUUGUUGUUGUUGUCCUGACGCUGUUCCUCAGAGGGUUGUUGUUCGGUUUGUCAGACGGAGACGCAAAAGAAGCCGUUUCAUCCACCUGUCGAUCAGUAAUUCUACACGCAGAAACCAGGAAGUCGGCCUCUGGGAUUAUUUACACCAUGAAGAGCUGCCAGCAGGAGGCUCCACCUGCUGCACACAGUGACGCUCCCGCAGCCAAGAGAGCCAAACCUUACUGAGUGAUUGACAGCUGAGGAGGGGGCGGAGUCAGCAGACUGUUAUUGAUUAGGAAUGUUUAUUUGUGAUCGGUUACUGAUUGAUGUCACUGUUUGUGUUCUAUCAAUAAAACAGACUUCAGAGCA